AUGGCAGUUCUUGACCCCAAGACCAGCAAAGUGUCUCCACUCAACGAAGAAUUUGCAAAAUUAGUUCAAUCAACUUUGAAAAAAUGGCAUAUUCAAGGAGUGGCCAUUGCUGUGAUUGAUGGGGAUGAAACAUGGACUGAGGGAUAUGGAGUUGCUGCGUUUCCUGAUACUCCAGUUACCCCCGACACUUUGUUCUAUACAGGCAGCACGUCAAAGUCUUUCACUGCAUCCGCGGCUUCAUUGCUGGUCGAUGAUAAGGAGAAACACCCCAACAUCAAGUGGACAACCCCACUAAGCGAACUCAUCCGCGACGACUUCGUUGUGCAAGAUGAGUAUGCAACAUCCCAUAUCACACUGGAGGAUGCACUCUCCCACAGAACCGGAUUACCCGGACACAUGAUCUCACUAGGUCGCGAAGGCACAGUCCGCGACGUAGUCCGAAGCCUCCGUCAUUUCCCAAUGGACAAAGAAAUCCGAACAACCUGGCAAUAUUCCAAUGCCAUGUUCAUCACCGUAGCACACGCAAUUGAAACCGUCACCGGCGAAUGGCUAGGUGACUUCCUCCGCAAGAACAUCUGGACACCCCUGGGAAUGAACUCGACUUUCUUCUCCCUUGAAGACGCUAAGGCCUACGCCGCCUCGCACAAAGAAGUGACGCUAGCAAAAGCGUACGGCUCGACUGCGGCUUCGUCCGAGCCAACCGAGAUUCCAUAUUGCGAGGGAACUCUUAGUGGCGCUGGUGCUGUGAUUUCAUCCGUCCGUGAUUACGCCACGUACAUUCGGUCGAUGAUUCGACAGGCGGGUCCGCUUUCUAAAUCCGGAUACGAAGAGCUUAUGAAGCCUCGCGCGUUUGUGCCUCAGAUGCUGCCACAGAUUACGCAGCAGAGCUUUUACUCGCUUGGGUUGAUAAUGUCCACUUAUCGAGGUGAAAGUAUCGUUUUUCAUCCCGGUGGCUUGGACGGUAUGACGGCUACCAUGAUAUUCUUCCCGAAAAGAGAUUGGGGCGUUGCUGUCUUCUCCAAUGCGACUGGCCCGGGCCGUGAAGUCCUUGCGUGGCAUUUAAUUGAUGAUCUACUAAGUGUCCCGAAGGAAGAACGUAUCGAUAUCUAUGACCUAAAACAAAAGAAGAUUGCCAAAAUCGAAGAAAUGCGCUUGACGGCUCGCGAGCGUCUAUACCCCUCUGCACCUUCGCCUGGUUUAUCACACGCGCUGCCAUUGCAAGAAUAUGCGGGAAAAUACACGCACCCCGCCUAUCCGGACUUCAUAAUCAGUCUACGAGGUGACGAAGAUUCGGGACUGCACGUUGCUCUAUCAGGAAGUUUGAAUGUCACCAUGAACCUGAAACACGUAUCUGGUGAAUAUUUUGUGGCAGAGAUUUUCGAGUACAUGUGUGUUCCCGAGCCAUCGGCUAUCGUGAAGGCUGAGUUUCAUAUCAGUGUUGCGGGGCAAGUAGAUAGAUUUGGCGUCAUUGCUGAUUUCUCGGAUAUGCCUGAUACUACGAUCUGGUUUGAUAGGGUUCUGUGA